CGGGCUUUGAGCUUCAAGGAAAUAAGCAUUUUUUUCUGGGAUUGAAAAGAGAUUUAUUGUAUCCAAGUUUUACCAUUACAAUUCAAAAUGAGCGUUUGUAAGUCAGGCGAUGGAUUAUGGGUUUUAUGAGUAGCAGUCAGGACUAGGUUCACCAUUCCGGAGAAGACUACGAAUAGAGUAGCUCCGGAGGCUCUUCAUCAGAGGAAGAGCCGAGCAUUUUAACAGGACGAAAACAACGACCCCGGGAACAAUGUCAGCUUGGAUUCAAAGGCAGACAAACUCGCCCUAUGUGCAGUUGGUGGGUGCAUCUGUUCUGUCCGGUGCAGCUGUUGCUGGUGCCAUCCUUGGUUAUCAGUCAGUGAAGAGGCAGGCGGCGGUGCAGAAACUGAAAGCGUCCAUCCCAGACCUUGACGAACAACAUAUGACACAGAAGCUUACAGAAUUCGGGCUAGCAACCCCUCCGAAGCUCAGUAAAGAAGAUGCUCGAAGUGCCGCUCUCGCUCGUAGAGCCCAAACAGGAGACUAUGAUGAUGGUCUAAUCCUAGAACAACUUGCCCGAAAUCGGGUCUUUCUCACCGACGAAGGUCUAUCAAAGCUGCGAUCUUCCUUUGUAAUCAUUGUGGGAUGUGGUGGGGUUGGCUCUCAUGCAGCCGCUGCUCUGGCACGCUCCGGAGUGUCCCGGAUCCGUCUGAUAGACUUUGAUCAGGUCACCCUGUCAUCAUUAAAUCGACAUGCCGUUGCAACCCUUUCAGAUGUCGGCACGCCAAAAGUUCAAUGUAUCCGGACCAGGCUGGAGCAGAUAGUGCCCUGGGUGCGGUUUGACUGCCGGGAUGAACUGUAUAGUGAAGCAGCCGCAGAUGCUCUACUACGUCCUUGGAAUAUGCAAGGCGACAAAGAGACACGGAAGCCAGACUUUGUUCUGGACUGUAUUGAUAAUAUUUCGUCCAAGGUCUCUCUCCUUCACUACUGCCAUUCACACAAUAUCCCCGUCAUUUCUUCCAUGGGCGCUGGGUGUAAAUCCGAUCCCACUCGCAUUACAAUAGGUGAUAUCUCUUUGAGCGCUGAAGAUCCUCUCUCCCGAAGUACACGGCGUCGAUUGAAGGCCCUCGGAGUCAGCUCUGGAAUCCCAGUAGUUUUCUCUACCGAAAAACCCGGACCUGGAAAGGCUUCGCUACUCCCGCUGGCUGAGGAAGAAUUUGCAAAGGGUGAGGUUGGGGAGCUCGGCGUUCUCCCCGAUUUUCGUGUGCGGAUCCUUCCCGUCAUCGGCACAAUGCCAGCUGUGUUUGGAUAUACCCUCGCCAACCACGCCAUCUGCGAAAUAUCUGGAUACCCCAACGAGUACAACGCGGGUGCCAAAGGCCGAGAAAAAAUGUAUGACAGCAUCUUGGGGGCGCUACAGGGGAUGGAAGAACGCUUAGCGAAAUCCGAUACUGGGCAAGACCCAGUCGGAUUACGGAUACCCAUUAACAAAGAUGAUAUCGCCUACCUGAUCGAAGAAGUGUGGAGGGGAAAGAGCGUCGUAACCGGUUUGGCUACGCGGCUGAUGUUGGUGCGUUGGAAGCGGCCGGAGCAUGGGUUUGGACCUGAUCCGCUCUGGGAAAAGGAAGGGCAAAGGGGAGCGCGGCUGGACCUGAAAGACCUGGUUUGUAUGACCAAGGAGGAGGCACUGCGGCAUGAGCGGGAGGUCCUAAAGGGCGGUAAGGCCGUCGAAGACAUGUAUGAUGAGAAACUAAUUCGGAAGGUGGAGGAGCGGAUACGUGAGCAGGAGGUUUAUGAAAAGUAUAGAUAGAUGAACGAAUGAAUGAAUUGUAUAGAAUAUGAAGAGAAUUCUGAAUGUUCUUAUGUAUUUUGCGCAUGUAGUGAUUAAACAUUAUAGGAGAGUCUGCAACUCUCAGUAGCAUGCGAAAUCGGGUAUAGUCGAUAGCAGAGAAAAUAAUCAAGCUUCGUUAACUACAUA